AUGGUCUCCCUCCUCAUCACACUGGCCCAAGACCGUGUCCAUGGGCCAGGGGCGGCGCGGGUUCUGGUGUUGAGGAACAGCCGAGGGGACACGGCGCUGCAUGUGGCGGCGCGGCACGGGUGCCAGGCCGUGGUGGAGAGGCUGGUGGUGGCUGCUCCGGCCUUGUCGUGCGGUGUGAACGACGCUGGGGUGUCGCCGCUCUAUCUCGCCGUGUCACGCCGCUCAGCAGGCAUCGUGAAAGCUCUGGUCGGACGUAGGCACGCAGCUGCCUCUGCGUCUGGCCCCAACGGCCAGAAUGCUCUGCACGCAGCUGUUCUACAAAGCGCAGAAAUUACAAGUGAUGUUUUGAGAUGGAGCCUGGAUCUGGCCAAAGAAACUGAUGGAUUGGGAAGCACUCCGCUGCAUUAUGCUGCGUCCGACGGCGACCGGGAGAUCGUCAGCCAGCUUAUUAGCUCAGCGCCGUCAGCCAUAUAUCUGCAAGACCAACAAGGCUUCACUCCUCUGCAUAUCGCGGCAUGGAUGGGCCACGUGGACGUCAUCCGCGACAUCUUACAAGCUUGCCCAGACUCGGCGGAGAUUGCCGACAACAACGGCAAAAACUUCCUCCAUGUUGCCAUCGAACGCGGCAAUGAAUCCGUGGUCAAAUACGUCGUCGGUAGCCCGUUCGCCGGCGGAGUGGUGAAUGAGCAAGACAAUAACGGGAACACGCCGCUGCACUCCGCCGUGCUUGCUGGGAAGCCAAAGCUUGCAAUUUUGCAGAGCGAGCUCCUUGACUUGAACAUUGCUAACAAUGAAGGGAGGACACCAUUUGACCUCGUCUCGGAUAUUACCAGCUUCUUGCCCAUGAUCGGCUUUGUGCUCAAGCUAUCAGCCCGGGGAGUUUGUAUCGGGACGCGACGCCAAGACUUCAUACUCCCGUGGAAGGGCGUAGAGAUGAAAGAAUGGAUUGAGAAAUUAUCCAAGAACCUAGGCAUUGUGGCAGUGCUCAUCGCCACCAUCGCCUUGACCGCCAUGUUCAACGUGCCAGGCGGAUACGACUCCGAGGGCAUGCCAAACCUGCGGGGUACGUUUCCCUAUAACGCCUUUCUGGUGCUCGAUACUGUGGCGGUCGCUUCCUCCAUGAUCGCCACCAUGCUUCUCAUCUAUGGGAGGGGAGCGGCGGCGCGGUCAAGUGCGGCGUGGAUAUGCUUGGCCCUUAUCUUCCUUUGGUGCGCCCUCAUGGGCAUGAUCCUGUCUUUCAUGGCCGCCGUGGUCCCAGGGCUGGACAAUGCUAUCUUGAUCAAAAGGGUCAUGUGGUGCAUCUUCGCGUUGCCGUUCUUCUCCCUGGUCGUGCUUAGCUUUGUGUGGGCAGCACCAGCACCGACCAUCACCAGCGUAGGGCUACUGUUCCAUGCCCAAAUCAGAGAAGACCGCAUGCGCACAAGAAGGCAUGCCGGGCGACGUUUCCCCCUAGUGGGUUUCUACCUCGGUGUUCUCUACUUGUUCUGGUUCCUCAAUGCUAUGGCUUUUGCUUUCACUCUGCAUAUCAUCAUGAUCACAGUCUGA